AUGGCAAUCGGAAAAAAUAUUUCUUUAAAUUUAAAAGAAAAUUUAGAAGAAAAUAAUAAAAUACUUGAAGUUUUGGGGGAUUAUUUUUAUAAUAAAAUAUUUAAACUUCAACAUCCCCAGGAUUGUAAAAUUGCUAGAUUUCUUGUUUGUAAGUUGGAACAGUUUUGUGGAUUUGGAUGUGUAAUGCAUCAUAUUAGUUUUUGUCUGUCAAUAGCAAUGGGAACAAAUAGAACAUUAAUAUUUGAAGAUGAUGGUAUUAAAUGGAGUUAUAAUGUUAGAUGGAAUGAUAUAUUUGAGCCUAUUACAAAUUGUAAUUAUGGAGAGGAUAUUGCCCCUUGGCUUCCAAUAAAUAAUUACAAAGAUAUUUCGGCAAGGAUUGAAAGACAAUUAUUUUUAGAUAGAAGAAGUGAUAUUUCUUUCGAAGUAAAUUAUCAGCCUGAAGUUUUGCCAAAAGAAUUUUCAGAAAUACUUUUUACCCAACAUUCAAAUCCUUCCCUUUGGUUUCAUGGACAAUUAAUUAGAUAUAUUUGGAGAGAAAGUCCAGUAACUCGUGAAAUACUUGAAAAAAUUGAAGCAAAGAUACCCUUUGUUGAAGGUAAUAUAUUGAAAUUCUUUUGA